CUAUUUCUUCCCCAGUGGACUUGGAUCCCAGGAGCGGAGCUCGCUUGGGCUAACUGAGCUAGGACCAGGCUUUGUGGGAUUAAUUUGAGCCCCAUUCCCUUCUUCAGCAGCAGCGGGAAAAGGACCGGCUCCGGGGAAGAGCUCAGCCCGGGGAAGGACCUGCUGAGAGAAGCGCUCUGCAUCUCCGAUCCCCCCCCUGUGCCCCCCCCAAGUCCCCUCGGUCCAACACCGGAGGGGAUGGACAGCGGCCCCGGUUCCUGCCGCGACCCCCUGCCCCCCUCCCCUGGCACCCCAAGACUCCCAGUUCAUCCCUCCUCCUCCUGCACCCCCCUCGCCCACCCCCCUCCCCCGAUGGACGGCGAGUAAGUCACCCCCCCUCACCGCCUCCGGUGGCGACCACCAGCCAGGCCGGACCACUGCCCCUCUCUCCAGAGUUGGACCUUGGCCCCCCCCCCCCGGCUACUUGGAAGACGCCCUUCUCCGGGGGCCGGGGAGGGGAAGGAGGGAAAGAAGACGAAGUUGGCGACACCAUGGGCCCAGCGGGCGGGAGCCAGGUGUACCAGGCUCCCAAAUAGUCCCACCCGGGCACGAUGGUCACGAGUGGAUGGCCCAUGUUGGGGAAAUAGCUCUGCGAGGCGACGCUCACAGGGGACACCGCCUUGGAGAAACCAAGAAGUCUCUCCAUCCCAGCAUAUUGGCAAAUUGGAAAGAGAUCUCCACACCCUGCAAUGAAAAAUGAACUGCUGUACAUAAAGAUUAUUGCAUCGGGAGCUGAACAGGCUUCAAUUUUAAGACAAAUACUCUCUGCCGUGCCAUAGCACAUGGAUUUCAGGACUACCUGUGAAGAGACAAAGACAGGGAUUUGUUUGCUGCAGGAUGGUAAUCAGGAGCCUUUCAAAGUGCGACUGCACCUAGCCAAAGACAUUUUGAUGAUUCAGGAACAGGAUGUGAUCUGUGUGUCUGGUGAGCCUUUCUAUUCUGGUGAAAGAACUGUCACAAUUAGAAGACAGACUGUAGGAGGAUUUGGACUAAGUAUAAAGGGUGGAGCCGAACAUAACAUCCCAGUUGUUGUUUCUAAAAUUUCCAAAGAACAAAGAGCGGAACUUUCAGGCCUGCUCUUCAUAGGAGACGCAAUUCUGCAGAUUAAUGGAAUAAAUGUGAGAAAAUGCAGACAUGAAGAAGUGGUCCAGGUUCUUCGGAAUGCGGGAGAGGAAGUGACCCUGACCGUGUCAUUUUUGAAAAGAGCACCCGCUUUCCUCAAACUUCCGCUGAAUGAAGAUUGUGCAUGUGUUCCCAGUGAUCAAAGCAGUGGCACAUCUUCUCCCCUUUGUGACAGUGGCUUGCAUCUCAACUACCACCCAAAUAAUACGGAUACUCUGUCAUGUUCUUCCUGGCCUACAUCACCAGGACUGAGAUGGGAAAAGAGAUGGUGUGACCUUCGCUUAAUCCCUCUUCUUCAUUCACGUUUCUCCCAGUACCUUCCGGGAUCGGAUCUGUGUAGGCAGAAUGCUUUUCAAGUCAUUGCUGUGGAUGGGGUGUGCAGUGGAAUAAUUCAGUGUCUUUCGGCUGAAGAUUGUGUAGACUGGCUCCAAGCAAUAGCAACGAACAUUUCGAACCUCACAAAGCACAAUAUUAAAAAAAUCAAUAGGAACUUUCCCGUAAACCAGCAGAUAGUCUACAUGGGCUGGACUGAGGAGCGAGAACAGGACUCCAUUCAGGACCGACUGUACACACCAAAGUUUCUAGCCCUGAGGGGUUCCUCUCUUUAUAAGUUCAUUGCACCUCCAGUGACCACAUGGGACUGGACACGAGCAGAAAAGACAUUUUCGGUUUAUGAGAUUAUGUGCAAAAUUCUGAAGGACAGUGAUCUACUGGACCGUCGAAAACACUGCUUUGGCGUGCAGUCUGAAUCUGGAGAGGACCUCUAUUUUUCAGUGGAAUUGGAAUGUGACCUAACCCUAUGGGAAAAAGCCUUCCAAACAGCAACUUUCUUAGAAGUUGAACGGAUACAGUGUAAGACCUAUGCUUGUGUGCUGGAAAGUCAUCUUAUGGGACUUACCAUUGAUUUUGGCAUGGGAUUUGUCUGCUUUGAUGCUGCAACAAAGGCUGUACUUUGGAGGUACAAAUUUUCUCAGCUUAAAGGUUCUUCAGAUGACGGCAAGAGCAAAAUCAAAUUUUUGUUUCAGAAUCCAGAUACUAAGCAGAUUGAAGCAAAGGAGUUGGAGUUCUCCAAUCUGUUUGCUGUUCUCCAUUGUAUCCAUUCAUUCUUUGCUGCCAAAGUGGCCUGUUUGGACCCACUGUAUUUAGGCAGUCAGGCCACUACUUCUGCCUCUGCGAGUUCCACAUCCGCUGCUCCAGGCAAAGUGGUCAAGUAUACCACCUGAUAUCCCACGGACCAGCCCCUAAUCCGAGCGCACUGUGGUGGAACAGUAUUCAUUAGCCUCGGACCCUGGAGGAACCACAAACCAACCAAUCAAUCCAGAAAGGCCCAGCAGAUCACCACUUCAGCAGAAAGAAAGGUCCUAUGGUAGCAUAAAUUUUUCUCUAUUCCACAACACAUCAAUCGGUAACCCGAGUUGGAACCCGCUAAUCAGACUGAUGUGCUUUUAGAAUGACUAUUUCUACCAAAACGGAGGCAAAAGAAUAAGUGAUUUCACGAAGCACUUAAGUAUUCAAUCGGACUUUUACCUACCCAUAGGAAAACUAAAAUCGGACGGUCAUUUUCUGGUUUCAGAUUAUUUUAUAUGACAAUACCCAAGGCAUUGGAUCUGAACUGAUGUCCUACCACUGCAUUAUAAGUGACAUUAAAGCAAGCAAGAGACAGACGGAAGAGUAAGGAGACUAGCAUGAAAAGACAUCUGUAUAAGUAUCUCCUCCAAGAAGAAAGCACUUUAAUCAUUGAUGUAAAUUUUUACCCCUUCUCCAUAGUGUCCUACUGGUAACCUGCUGUUGUUGUUUAUUUUGUUGUUAGUCAUGAUAAUAAUUGUACAGUGUAGCCAUACUGGCCUAGCACAGAGUCAUCUCUCAUCUUGGACCACUGAUAUUCAACUCUGCAGGCCCAGAACCUCAUAUGAAUUAAAAAUGCCAAGAAUGUGCUAUUUUAAUUGUGAAUGCCAUAAAUGAAAUGCCUCAGUA